AUUGUGGAGGCAGGAAGGCUCUGCAGGGGAAACUGGACAGGCUGGAUUGAAGAGGGCUGAGGGUAAAGGCCAAGUGCCAGGUCCUACACUUGUGUCACACAAACCCUGUUUGAACACUCUAGGCUGGGGGAAGAGGGGCUGGAAAGCUGGGAAAAGGCCCUGGGGGUGCUGGUGAGAGCAGCUGAACAGGAGCCCAGGUGGACAAAAGGCUGAUGGCACCUGGGCUGUCCCCUGUUCUGACACUGCUGGGCCACCUCCAGUAGUGGAGGUGGCCUCCACUCUACCUGGGGACAAAUCUGGAGCCCUCCUGGCAAGAGGGGCUGUCCACAGAAGGCAAUGGAGCAGAGGAAGGGUCUGGAGCACCAGGAGGAGCUGGGGGGUGCUCAGCCUGGAGAAAAGGAGGCUUGAGGGAACCUUCUGGUUCUCCACAAUUCCCUGGCAGGAGGGUGCAGCCAGGGAGUGUGUCAGGCUCUGCUGCCAGGGAACAAGGAACAGGACAAGAGAAAACAGCCUCAAGAUCUGCCAGGGAAAGUUGAGGUUGGAUGAGAGGAGGAAUUUCCUCAUAGAAAGUGGUGUUAAUCAUCAGAAGGGGCUGCUCAGAAAGGUGGUGGAGUCCCCCGCUCUGGAGGUGUCCAAGGAAUGACUGGACAUGGAAUGACAUGAACACCUCAGUGCUCUGGUCUGGGUGAUGAGGUGGGGAUUGGUCACAGGUUGGGCUCAAUGAUCCUGGAGGUCUUUUCCAGGUUAAUGACUCGGUGAAAUCCCUCUGGCUCCUUACCCAGCUCUGCUGCAGGACCGCCCCGUUCCUCCCUGUAGCUCAGCAACCACAUGCCAGCCCAGCCCUGACACUGCCUCUGCUGUUCCGGGUUUCCCGGAGCUCUUACAGCCAUGGAGCCCGCAAGGCACAGCGCUGCCCAGGGAGGGGAGGGAGCUCCGGGGGGGUUCAGGAGGGGACAGAUCCUGAAGCCCUAUGACAGCUUCAUCCGCACCCACCUGCGCUUCUAUGGCUACUUCCGAGACGAGAAGACGGGCGGGGAAGAGACUGCCACAUCCCCGGGGAAACCCUCCGGGCAGCAUCCCAAGGCAUCCACCAUGGGCAACACCAGCCCUGGCUGGCAACGAGGUCCUGGGCACGAGCCAAACCCCCCCAGGGUGGUGCAGAUGCCCCAGCAGGGCAGAGCAGCCCCCUUAAUGCAGCCCUGGAGGUCUCCAGGAGAACCACAGGCUCCGUUCUCCCUCCCCGCUCCCCGCUGGCCUGUGGAGUGUGAAGUCAUCCCGGAGACGAUUGAGCACAUUGGUGAGGGGAUGCUCCAGCUGUCCCCCGCCUCACCCCUGUGCCAGACCCCUGUUGUGUGUAUGGCAUUUGUCUGUGUGUCCGCCCCUCUCCCAGAGUGGGUCCCCCCCAAACCAGAGCCCUUCUGCCCACCCAUGGGCCCGGAGCAGGCCCUGUACACCCUUGGUGAAGAGCAGGGCACUGUUGUCUACCACUCCAGCCCAGUGCUCCAAGGCUCCUGCUUUACCCGUGCCCGGGUUGGAGGAGCCCCAGGGCCACUCUCCUCACCAGCAGCCCCCUUGGAGGGUCCCCAGGACACCACGCUGCUCUUCGAGUCCCGCUUUGAGAGUGGGAACCUCCAGAAGGCCGUCAAGGUGGGUCCCUAUGAGUACAUGCUGAUGCUGCGGCCAGACCUGUACACGGCCAAACACACCCAGUGGUUCUACUUCCGUGUCCAAAACACGCGGCGGGAGCCGCUCUACCGCUUCACCAUCACCAACAUGGCCAAGCCCAAGAGCCUCUACGGCCAGGGCCUGCGGCCACUGCUCUACUCCCAGCAGGAUGCCCAGAGCAGUGGCAUAGGCUGGCGACGGGUUGGGACCGACAUCUGCUACUACCGUGGCAGCGCGGGGGAGCCGUCGAUGUUCCGGCUCAGCUGGGCCAUGCGCUUCCCACACGACGGCGACACGUGCUUCUUCGCCGCCUGCUACCCCUACACCUAUUCGGAGCUGCAGCGCUACCUGUGCGCACUGGCGGCCGACCCGGCGCGCUCACGGUACUGCACGGUGCGGGCGCUGUGCCGCAGCCUGGCCGGCAACACCGUCCCCCUGCUGACCAUCACCGGCCCAGGCAGCACGGCCGGCAAGCGGGUGGUGGUGGUGAGCGCCCGCGUGCAUCCCGGCGAGAGCGGCAGCUCCUGGGCCAUGAGGGGAUUCCUUGAUUUCCUGCUGAGCCCCCACAAGGAUGCACAGCUCCUGCGCCGCCUCUUCAUCUUCGAGGUGGUGCCGAUGCUCAACCCUGAUGGGGUGGUGGUGGGCAACUCCCGCUGCUCCCUGGUGGGACGGGAUCCCAACAGGGCCUAUGGGAAGGCACUUCCCAGCUCUUUCCCCGGUGUGUGGCACCUGCGGGCCAUGGUCCAGAGGGUGCUGGCGGAGCGGGAGGUGGUGCUGUACUGUGACUUCCAUGGGCACAGCCGGAAGAACAACGUCUUCAUGUACGGCUGCGAUGCCGGCAGGGACGGCACCAGGACGCGGCUGCGCCAGCGUGUGUUCCCCCUGAUGCUGAGCAAAAACGCCCCCGACAAGUUCUCCUUCUCCAGCUGCAAGUACCAGGUGCAGAAGAGCAAAGAGGGGACAGGCCGGGUCUCCAUGUGGCGCCUGGGCGUCUCCCACAGCUACACCCUAGAGAUGGCCUUCAGUGGCUCCACGCUGGGUGGGAGAAACUCCCACUUUAGUGUGGAGGACCUCGAGUCACUGGGCCAUCUCCUCUGUGCCACCCUGCUCGACUUCUGUGACCCUGCACCUGCCAAGCUCCAGCAGUGCCUGGUGGAGGCGGAUGCGCUGCUGCAGCGGCAGAUGGGUCGUGAGCCAGGCUCUGGAGGCAGCUGGAGCGAUGUAUCUCCCUCAGAGCUUGAGUCCAGCACCAGUGGCUCUGACAGCUCCGUGUCCGAUGGGAUCCCAGAUGACUUCCACAGCCCCAACCAACAGAUGGAGCCACGCAGAAAGAAGCAGCUGCAGAGAUGGAGAGCAAGGAAUGUCCUGCGCCGAACAAACCGGAGCCACACCAGCAUCCCCGCUGGGACCCGCAGGCAUCCAGUUCUUCCUGGAGUCGAGAGUGGAGGUGACAAUGUGGGAGAGAAGCCUAUAGCCAGCUCCAGUGUCACCUUUUCCAGGGCAGCUGGAGCAGGGAACGGCCCCCGUGCCAUAGCAGGAGAGGUGCCUGGAGCUGGCUCAGGAGUGGCCAUUCCCAGGGCACCUGAAGCAGGGAACGGCUGCUGUGCGACCAUGGGAAGGCAUCAUCUGGACAGUGGCACAAGUGCUGUGACACACUGCAAGCCACCACUGAGCCCCUGCCACCGUGGUGCCACCAGUGACUCUCCCUGGGAUCCAGCCAUGGGAGCAAACUUGGGGCCAUCCCAGCAGCGGGGCGGGCGUGGGGACAGGGACAGGGCACGUCCCCUCACUGUCCGUGCGGCGGCCUCACGCUGCUGCGCCUGCGCUCGGCAGUAAAGGUGCUGCCACCUCCAUGUCUGUGCCUGGUGCUCCUUGUUUUCUUUGUGAUGUCCUCUGAGGAGUCCCCUUGUCCCCAGAGUCUUGCUAGCACCCAACCCCGAGCCACCAUGGUGUCAGCCUAUGCCUGUGGUGUCACCUUGGGCUCUAGGGAUGUGGCGUUGCUAGCUCUGUCACCCAGGUGACUCCUCAGCCCUGUCACCCCGCUGUCCCCCCAGGCCCCGUGGGUGCCGUAGGCCAGCAGGCCCCGUUGCCAUGGCAACACCCCCGCGGCGCAGCCGGCAUUUCCAUGGCAGCCGCUGCGCUCCCAGGGCGCCCCCCAGCGGCCGGA